AUGAAUAAUAAUAUAGUUUAUAAUAAUAGUAGUAGUAAUAAUAAUAAUAAUAGUAAAAAGUAUAGUUUUCAAUUUAAUUUAUAUAUUUUAAUUUUAAUAUGUUGUUUUUUAUCAAACUGUGUGGUUGUUGAUAGUAGACAUUGGAAGAGAGAAGUUACUCUAAGUGAAUUCGAUGUACAGCCUUUUACUCAUUUUCUAUUCUUGGAGGGUGGAACCCUAUCUGUAGCAAUAAGAUCAUUACCACAAGAUAGAGUACUUUAUUUUACUGUUUGUACAGAGCAUGAAUGGGCAAAUUUAUUUGGAUAUAAAAUGAAGAAACCACCUUGUAUGGUUUUUAAAAAUGAAACGUAUGAAGAGGGUGAAGAAGACGAUGGUGAUAUUUAUAGUAGAUGUGACAAAUACAACAUAUUCGCAUUACUCUCUGGACUUGGCGUAACACUUGUACUCUAUGAACUAUAUACCGAUGAUAGUAUAUCAUUUUUAUUUAUAGAAAUAUUUGUAUUGUCAUUCAAAGUGUUCUUGUUAUUCUAUGUUUUUGUUGCGAUCAAUAUUAAUUCCAAACAAUUGGAAUAUAGAAUUCUAAGAUAUAAUCCAUCUGAAGAAUCGCAGACAACUCUCUCACAAGCAGAGGUUAUCAUAAUGAUAAAGAAAUAUAAAAUAUUUGUACCUAGAUUAGAAGAUGUCUUUAAAAUGAUACCUGAAAGACCAUGGAAUAGUGGUAGUGGAACAGGUUCAAAUGCUCAAGCAAAUACCAACAACAACAAUAAUAAUAAUAAUGACAAUCAAGAUGAACAAUCACAACAACAACAACAACAACAAGAGGAAGAGGAAGAAGAAGAUCUAGAUAAUAUAGAUGAAAGAUCAAGUCUAAACAAUAGAAGGAAUAAUAAUGAUGAAUACGGUAUCGAAAUGCAAACUUUAAAUUAUUAA